AUUGAACUCGACACUAGUCUCACAUCAAAGACCAUUUCCGAAGCCGGGACAGACAACAACUAUCCGAGAUACGAGGAUGAGGAGGCGUAUGACCCAGAGCCGCCCUUACCCCUUUACGCAGCGGCAUCGGGUGGGGAUCACACCGAGCUUGAACGACUGCUGAAGAUAUCCGACAGAGAUGGUCAAUCGACGUGAUAAGUACGAUAACUUCAAUCAACGUGACUAUAAUUACUGCCUUGAGGAUGCUCCGAAUACAGCCCUUGAGAUAGCUGUAAUACAGAACGACAUUGAGUCAGUUAGACUUCUCCUGGACUAUGGUGCAGAUCCCGAGCUGUGGCUCCCUUGGUCCGAACAAAAUUUCCUCAAUAACGCAACUUCUGUUUGUGAGGCGGCUGCUCUUGGGCAUCUAGAUAUCCUGAGAUUGUUAAUUGAAAAGGGAGGGCUUGUGACUUCCAUUGUGCUGUAUUCUGCGGUCGAUUGUGGGCGACUAGAAUGUGUCGAGGAGUUGUUCGCUUGGCUGGCAGUAAACAAGCGCAAUGAGUUUGAUGACGGCGUUGCGAUAAGUACUGCUGUUGCAUGUGCCUUGAGAAUAGCCGCAGGAGGAUGGAGAGAAGACAUUGUUGAGUUCCUGAUCACCGAUGGAAAUGUUGAUCAGAAGUCUGUGGAUUGUGCCUUGAUGAAGACAUUGACUCUUCAAGACGACUGGCUCAGGAGGAAUUGCGUAAGUGAGGGCCCAAGUGGAGAAGCCCGAAAGAAAAGUGAUGAAGUUGUGAAGCUGCUACUGGAAGCGGGAGCCGAUGUUGAACCUGGGACGGAUAUCAAACCGCUUCAUCGAGUUGUGCGAGAGGGUAAUCAAGAGAGAUCUUUGGUCUACUCUUAGAUAGAAAUGUCGAUGUCAAUUCUGUUAAUCACAAAGGAACAAAGUACGAAGAUGGACAGACGCCUCUAUUUGAAGCUGUUUUAGUUGAUGACAUCUAUUUUGUCGAACGGUUACUUGAAAAAGGCGCACGUGUAACACAUAUCGACAAAUCUGGGAACACACUUUUACACGCCGCGACAUCUAACCAUACAUCAGCAUGCUCGACCAUCAUGCAGCUGCUUCUCCACCAUGGCCUAUCCACCUGUGCAACAAACUCGAAUGGAAGGACUGCAUUACAUGAAGCUUCAAGCCAAGGAAAUGUCGACGCACUU